AUGUGCGAGGAAGCUUGUUUCGUAAAGCCUGGACCCGAGUGGUUGCCAAGGCUUAUGGUGGUCGAUGGUUGCAACAUAGGAAGAAGUGCAUGUGGUAUAGGACGAGAGGCUGUGAACUGUGCAGGGCUCAUGGCUGUGAUACGGUGGCUACUUGUCAGAGAUUUUGACGUAGUAGCAUUUUUACCCGUUGUAUACAACAACUCUCACAAUUUCAACGCCGUUCAUGUCCAUCUUUUGGGAGUA